ACCACCAAAGCUCUGUUUCUAAGCUCUCUGUUUCUCAUAUCUCCUCUCUGUUUUCCUCAGAUAUAUAAAAAUCAGAGUUUAAUUCAACAAUUAUGGUGAGAAUAUUCCUUCUCUACAAUCUCUUAAACUCUUUUAUCCUCUCUUUAGUACCAAAGAAGCUGCGAACUCUCUUCUCUCUCUCUUGGUUCGACAAAACUCUCCACAAAAACUCAUCCAUGUUACCCUCUCCCUCACCAUCCUCUGCGCCAACGAGAAAAACAGAUCCCUCCGAGCUAAAACGUGUUUUCCAGACCUUUGACAAGAACGGAGACGGUCGGAUCACCAAAGAAGAGCUCAACGACUCACUAGAGAAUCUUGGAAUCUACAUACCAGACAAAGACCUGACUCAAAUGAUCCACAAGAUCGAUGCCAACGGUGACGGAUGCGUGGACAUAGACGAGUUCGAGUCCCUGUACAGCUCCAUUGUUGAUGAGCAUCACAAGGAUGGUGAAACAGAGGAAGAAGACAUGAAAGACGCGUUUAACGUGUUUGACCAGGACGGAGAUGGGUUUAUCACUGUGGAGGAGUUGAAGUCUGUGAUGGGUUCAUUGGGACUUAAGCAAGGUAAAACACUAGAAGGUUGCAAGAAGAUGAUUAUGCAAGUGGAUGCUGAUGGUGAUGGUAGAGUUAAUUACAAAGAGUUUCUUCAGAUGAUGAAAGGUGGUGGCCUUAGCAGCAGUAACUGAUCCUUAAUUAGGUUUUAACACGAGAGAGUAUGUGUGUGUGUUUAUUCUAUUGAUUUGUCUGUUUUCUUGUUAUCUGUAUAUAAAUUUUGUGAUGAUGCAUCAAGUGUGUAAUUUUUUUUCCUUUUUAGGUUUUCUCUAAAGUUAUGUAAGAUUCACCUUCUCAUUUCAUCUGGUUUAGUGUUCUUUAGUAGAUUGUUUAAGAUUUCCAAUCAAUAUAGUUACUGGUGACUCUA